AUGCCCCAUGAAGUCAAUGCUGGGUAUGACUUUACAAAUAUGGUCCGGAAAAAGAACCCCCCUCUGAGAAACGUUGCUAGUGAAGGCGAGGGCCAGACCCUGGAGCCUAUAGGUACUGAAAGCAAGGUAUCUGGAAAGAACAAAGAAUUUUCUGCAGAUCAGAUGUCAGAAAACACGGAGCAGAGGGAUGCUGCAGAACUAAAUAAUAAGGAGGAAAAGAGCUUGCAUGUCCAGGAUCCAUCUUCUAGCAGUAGGAAGAACUUAAAAAGCUCAGUCCUGAGUGAGAAGGCUGGCUUCAAUUAUGAGAGCCCCAGUAAAGGAGGAAACCUGCCCUCCUUUCCACAUGAUGAGGUGACAGACAGAAAUAUGUUGGCUUUCUCAUCUCCAGCUGCUGGGGAAGUCUGUGAGCCCUUGAAGUCUCCUCAAAGAGCAGAGGCAGAUGACCCUCAAGAUAUGGCCUGCACCCCAUCAGGGGAAUCACUGGAGACGAAGGAAGAGCAUAAGAUGUCACCAAAGGCUACAGAGGAAACCGGGCAAUCGCAGAGUGGUCAGGCCAAUUGUCAAGGCUCCAGCCCAGUUUCGGUGGCCUCAAAAAACCCACAAGUGCCUUCAGAUGGGGGUGUAAGACUGAAUAAAUCCAAAUCUGACUUACUGGUGAAUGACAACCCAGACCCGGCACCUCUGUCUCCGGAGCUUCAGGACUUUAAAUGCAAUAUCUGUGGCUAUGGUUACUAUGGCAACGAUCCCACAGAUCUGAUUAAGCACUUCCGAAAGUAUCACCUAGGACUGCAUAACCGCACCAGGCAGGAUGCUGAGCUGGACAGCAAAAUCUUGGCCCUUCAUAACAUGGUGCAGUUCAGCCAUUCCAAAGACUUCCAGAAGGUCAACCGCUCGGUGCUUUCUGGUGUGCUGCAAGACAUCAACUCUUCCAGGCCUGUUUUAUUAAAUGGGACCUAUGACGUGCAGGUCACUUCUGGUGGGACCUUCAUUGGCAUUGGUCGGAAAACCCCAGAUUGCCAAGGCAACACCAAGUACUUUCGCUGUAAAUUCUGCAACUUCACGUACAUGGGCAACUCGUCCGCUGAACUAGAACAACAUUUUCUGCAGACUCACCCGAACAAAAUCAAGGCUUCUCUCCCCUCCUCUGAGGGGGCGAAACCUACGGAGAAGAACUCUAACAAGUCCAGCCUGACCCUUCGUUCCAGCGAUUCUGGAGACUUGGGGAAGUGGCAGGACAAGAUCACGGUCAAGGCCGGGGAUGACACUCCCGUUGGCUACUCAGUGCCCAUCAAGCCCCUCGAGUCCUCGAGACAGAAUGGCACUGACACCACCAGUUACUACUGGUGUAAGUUUUGUAGUUUCAGCUGUGAGUCGUCUAGCUCCGUGAAACUGCUAGAACAUUAUGGCAAACAGCAUGGCGGAGCACCGCCAGGCAGCCUUAAUCUAGAACUGAAUGAUAAGCUUUCUCGGGGCUCUGUCAUUAAUCAGAACGAUCUCGCCAAAAGUGCAGAAGGGGAGCCCGUGUCCAAGGCAGACAAGGGCUCCAGUGGGGCGAAGAAGAAGGACUUCUCCAGCAAGGGAGCCGAGGACAACAUGGUGACCAGCUACAAUUGUCAGUUCUGCGACUUCAGAUACUCUAAAAGCCAUGGCCCUGAUGUCAUUGUAGUGGGGCCACUUCUCCGUCACUAUCAACAGCUUCAUAACAUUCACAAGUGUACCAUUAAGCACUGUCCAUUCUGUCCCCGAGGCCUUUGCAGCCCGGAAAAGCACCUUGGAGAAAUUACUUAUCCGUUUGCUUGUAGAAAAAGUAAUUGUUCCCACUGUGCACUCCUGCUUUUGCACUUGUCCCCCGGGGCGGCCGGAAGCUCCAGAGUCAAACACCAGUGCCACCAGUGCUCCUUCUCCACCCCCGACGUCGAUGUCCUCCUCUUCCAUUACGAGAGUGUGCACGAGUCACAAGCCUCAGAGGUCAAACAAGAGGCAACUCACCUGCAGGGGUCAGAGGGGCAGCCGACUGUUAAGGAGAGCAAAGAACACACGUGUACCAAAUGUGAUUUUAUUACCCAGGUGGAAGAUGAGAUUUCUCGACACUACAGGAGAACCCACGGCUGCUACAAAUGCCGUCAGUGCAAUUUCACGGCCGGCGACACCCAGUCACUACUAGAGCACUUCAACACUGCCCACUGCCAGGAGCAGGACCUCCCCACAGCCAACGGGGACGAGGAUGGGCCACCUGUGGCUGCCAUCAAGGAGGAGCCCAAACUCGACCUCAAGGUCUACAGUCUCAUCAACCCAGACUCUAAAAUGGGCGAGGCCGUGUCCGAGAGUGCAGUGAAGAGGGAGAAGCUGGACGAUAAGGAUGGGCUGAAAGAGAAAGUCUGGACUGAGGGCUCCAGCGAGGACCUUCGUGGUGUGACGUGGAGGGGGGCAGAGAUCCUCAGGGGCAGCCCAUCCUACACUCAAGCAAGCCUGGGGCUCCUCACGCCCGUGUCUGGCACCCAAGAGCAGACAAAGACUCUGAGGGAUAGCCCCAACGUCGAAGCUGCCCAUCUGGCCAGACCUAUUUAUGGCUUGGCUGUGGAGACCAAGGGAUUCCUGCAGGGGGUGCCAGCUGGCGGCGAGAAGUCUGGGGCCCUGACCCAGCAGUAUCCUGCGUCCGGAGAGAGCAAGGCCAAGGAUGAAUCCCAGUCCCUGUUACGGAGACGGAGAGGCUCGGGUGUUUUUUGUGCCAAUUGCCUGACCACAAAGACCUCUCUCUGGCGAAAGAAUGCAAAUGGUGGAUAUGUAUGCAAUGCGUGUGGCCUCUACCAGAAGCUUCAUUCGACUCCCAGGCCUUUAAACAUCAUUAAACAAAACAACGGUGAGCAGAUAAUUAGGAGAAGAACAAGAAAGCGCCUUAACCCUGAGGCUCUUCACGCCGAACAGCUCAACAAACAGCCCAGGGGUGGCAGUGAGGAGCAGGUCAAUGGAAGCCCACUAGAGAGGCGAUCUGAAGAUCACUUAACUGAAGGGCAUCAGAGAGAGAUUCCGCUCCCCAGCCUGAGUAAAUAUGAAGCCCAGGGUUCAUUGACUAAAAGCCAUUCUGCUCCGCAGCCAGUCCUGGUCAGCCAAACUCUGGAUAUUCACAAAAGGAUGCAACCUUUGCACAUUCAGAUAAAAAGUCCUCAGGAAAGUACUGGAGACCCAGGAAACAGUUCAUCUGUCUCUGAAGGGAAAGGAAGUUCAGAGAGAGGCAGUCCCAUAGAAAAGUACAUGAGGCCUGCGAAACAUCCCAAUUAUUCUCCACCAGGCAGCCCUAUUGAAAAGUACCAGUACCCACUUUUUGGGCUUCCCUUUGUACAUAAUGACUUCCAGAGUGAAGCUGAUUGGCUGAGGUUCUGGAGUAAAUAUAAGCUCUCCGUUCCUGGGAAUCCACACUACUUGAGUCACGUGCCUGGCCUACCAAAUCCUUGCCAAAACUAUGUGCCUUAUCCCACCUUCAAUCUGCCUCCUCAUUUUUCAGCUGUCGGCUCAGACAAUGACAUUCCUCUCGAUUUGGCGAUCAAGCAUUCCAGACCAGGGCCAACUGCUAACGGUGCCUCUAAGGAGAAGGGCAAGGCACCGUCCAGUGGAAAAAAUGAAGGUCCUUUGAAUGUAGUAAAAACAGAAAAAGUGGAUAGAAGUACUCAAGAUGAACUUUCGACAAAAUGUGUGCACUGUGGCAUCGUCUUUCUGGAUGAAGUGAUGUAUGCUUUGCAUAUGAGUUGCCAUGGUGAGAGUGGACCUUUCCAGUGCAGCAUAUGCCAGCAUCUUUGCACGGACAAAUAUGACUUCACAACCCAUAUCCAGAGGGGCCUACAUAGGAACAAUGCACAAGCAGAAAAAAAUGGAAAACCUAAAGAAUAA